AUGCCAACGAGCGGUAAAGCUCAACGUUCAUAUCGUCUAAGAUCUGAUCGAUAUCUUUCUCAUGGAAAUUGUAUUAUACGAGAAUAUGAUCGAAUGGUCGGUGAAACACAAUUACCAAAUUUAGCCGCAAAUAAUAAAUAUGAAUUUUCAAUUGGAGAAGAUGCUGAUAUUAUUUAUAAAGAAAAUGUAACAUUAAUUUCCGCCAUUACUUUUAAUGAAACUGAAUCGAAAGUAAAACUUUCAUCAGAUAAGAGUAUAUCAUCAGGAGUUAUUAUGACUCGUACACGAUAUACUUAUAAGAUACAUUUACAAGUAAUAAAUUUUAAAAAUCGUUCAAUUAAUGUUGAAUAUGAACAAAGAGGAUUUCAUUCGUAUCAAAAUAUGAAAUUAAUAAAAUUAGAUAAACAUGAAUUUAUUCAAGAUGGUUCAUCAAUUAAAUCAAAUAUAACAAUACAAGCAAAUACAACUGAAAAUUAUUCUUAUACUAUUGAAUUAAUUCGUUAG